AUGGGCACCGUUUGGUCUUUGCUGACCCUCAUCCUCGGCGCUCCCUUCGCCUGUGCGUACACGGCCUUGCACAUCUACCGCACGGGUAGCUUGCGCUUUCGCGACUUUUGGUAUGCAGCAGUGGACACGCCGCCCAGUCAGGAGAAGAGGUUGCCGGCCUCAACCAGCACGCUUCUGGUGGUCUUUUACGCCGUGGUCGGGAUCGCGUUCGCUUCCCGGCUCGGCUGGACACUCUUCACCUACCCGCUGCUGCCGCUUCAGACGGAGGAUGCUAAAUGGGCGUCAGAGUGGCUACUCACGACCGUCUUCGACAUCUACACGGUGAUUAUCUGCCUCCUGGGGUGUCCCGCCUGCUUUCGACGAGAGGCUUAG